CGCAUGUUCGAUUUUGAUACUUUUCGAAUUCAAGAUCGUUCGAUUUUAAAAAUUUGUAAGUACACAAAACAAAUUCGAAUCAUUGUUUAUGUGAAUUGAAACGAAAAGGUGGUUUUAAGUGAGCUACUUUUGUAUUUUUUGUGCGAUGAGAAUGUUUUUUAUUUGUUUACGUUUUUAUGUUGCCAUUUUAAUAACGGCUUCCAAAACCGGUUAGUAUGGCUUCAUACUAAGACCUGUUAAAAUAAGCCGUAAACCAAUUAAAUCAUCGGAUUUUUUCAUACUAACCGGUUUUUUGUAUCAGUCAGGUAAAAAUAUCCAGUACAACUCUAUUUGGAAACUUAUAUUCCUAAAUAAAAAAUAUAUUCUUUUUCAGAAUAAUAAAAAACUUAUGAAAAAAAUGUCCGCAGCAAAAGCAAAACAACUUUCUGUAUUAUUGGAAUGCAAGGUUUGCAUGGACACCUAUCACAAACCAAAGACCCUUAACUGCGGUCAUACAUAUUGUCAAGAUUGUUUGGAUAGCAUGUUGGUUUUUAACGACGAUGGAAGUGCAGAACUGCAGUGUCCAUUAAGAUGUUCAAGCAAAACAACACUAGGUCCACACGAGACAACAUCAUCGCUAAUGACUACAUAUCUGGUGACUGACAUUCUAAAUGAGUUGUCAAAUGUCAAAAAAGUUAACUUGCAGUGUCAGCAAGGUAAAGAAUGCAAACAGAUUAUCAGACACUCUUGCACAACAUGCAGUUCAAAGAUCUGUGACAAAUGUGAAACCAUACAUUCCUGUCCCAACAAAUCCUUUAACAAUGUCAUUUUUAAUCAAAAAUUGCAACAACUCCAACCAUUAUGUAAGCAACACGACUCGCUUGCUAAAUUUGUCUGUAUCGACUGUGAAAACAUGUUUGUCUGUGUGUAUUGUACGCACAGACAACACAAAAAUCACGAAAGAAAAUCGAUUGCUGAAUUCGGACAAGAAGCCAGGACAUGGUUUUGGUCAUUCAUUACGUCGUUCGAGGACACAAAAGUUGUUUUGGAAAGUUUGACAAAACAAUAUGACAGCGCUUUUAAGAAUAUUGAGGAUAGUAGAGAAGUAUUUGUCCGUGAAUUGGGAGUUAGAAAACUAAAAAGAAUGGAAGAAUAUAUGAAGAAGCUAAACACAGAAGAAAUAAAUAUGUUGAAAAUAUUUGAUCAAGGAAUGGAAGAUUUCAAGACAAAAGUAAUUGCAACCGGGUUUGUCCACAAUACCAGAAUACACGAAUUUUCUGAUUACGUAAAAGAAUUUACCUUAAAAUGUCCAUUUGAAUUAGUCGCUGAGAAGAUUGAAAUCGAAGAAAGACUUCGCACCCUAUCGUCGUUUCCAAGAAUCCUCCCCACUUUUAAUCUGCAUCUUGGACACCUGAAGGAACAAGACUAUUUUACAUAUCCGUUAGGCAAAAUAGCAAUCUCUUUUGAUGAUAUCCACACUGCAGAUCCUUGCGGAUGUUCUGUUUACAAAAGUGUGAUUGACAAAACAGAAAAUCGUCUAGCUACUCGCAGCUGGAAGCUUUGGAGACGUUACUAAAGAAUUUGAAAGAGAACGCAAAGAAGAAUCGUAAAGAACAAGCAAAAAGGUAUUUGAAGCCGCAACGUCUAUCAUCAGCUGCAAGGUCUUACACUUUUGAAGAACUUGCAAAAAUCAUUAAAAAUGGCGAUCAAAAGAAAUUGCAAUCCAUUUUCUUUGAUAAUCCAAACAUCGUUAAAAUGAGAGAUAGUAAUGAGACAACACUGUUGAUGAGAGCUGCAUGUUACAACAAUCCAUC